CAGCCCUGGCGGGGUCCUAGCAGCAGCUGGGUGUCUCGGUGCCUUCUGGGAGUCGUUCUUUCCGCAGUCGGCCCUAGGACAGACAAGAUGGGCAAGUGCCGUGGUCUUCGUACAGCAAGAAAGCUCCGUAAUCACCGACGUGAGCAAAAAUGGCACGACAAGCAGUACAAGAAGGCCCACUUGGGGACUGCCCUAAAGGCUAACCCUUUUUGGAGGUGCUUCCCAUGCUAAAGGAAUCGUCCUGGAAAAAGUCGGUGUUGAGGCUAAGCAGCCAAACUCUGCCAUCAGGAAGUGCGUAAGAGUGCAAUUGAUCAAGAACGGCAAGAAAAUUACAGCUUUCGUACCAAACGACGGUUGUCUGAACUUUAUUGAGGAAAAUGAUGAAGUGUUGGUUGCUGGAUUUGGUCGUGCUGGUCAUGCCGUUGGUGACAUUCCUGGUGUGCGAUUCAAGGUUGUCAAAGUAGCCAAUGUUUCCCUGUUGGCCUUGUACAAAGGCAAGAAGGAGAGACCAAGAUCAUAA